AUGUUCGGGAUGGAACGAGAUGGCGUAUAUCAGGGUCGAGACAGACUGGUGGCACCACCUGGGUUUGGGUUUGCGCAAAAGGUGACGCCGUCGAAGGCCAUCAGCCACUUUACGCUCUUUGAUGACGUCGCGAUUUGCCCCGCUCACUCACUCUUGAUUCGACUCUCAACCAGCAUGAGCAUGAGCAAGCUCGACUCUUCCCUUGCCAACAACGCCUUAUUAUAUCAAGUUUCGCAAUCAUCCUGA